UGUCACUCGUUGCGUGCACACGUGUUAUCGGCUGCGUUUCGCCUGUUGCCGUUAUUGCCACAACUGUGCCACACUGAACUACCUGAGUCUGCCAAAUCUAAGCAGACCAAAGACUCAAGUGCUAAGUCAGUGCUUUGGAAUAAUACCAAACAUAAAAGAAAGGAAAAAAUAAAAAAGUGUUGAAGAGCAAGUAAUGUUGAACGAACAGACCGGCUGACCGACCAACCAUUCAGACAGACCAAACCAACCGAAACAGUCAAAGAGCCAAGAACAACAAAGGCGCUCCACUUCUCUGGCUAAAACAACUAAAGACUGCUCGUUGGCGCAUAACUGUUUUUGGUGUGUGUCUGGUGUUGUUGUGUAGACUGAUACAGAAACAGCGCAAAAAAAUAUUUAUAAAGAAGAAUUGUGAAAAAGUAAAUAAAAGUUGAAAAAAAGGAGAAAAACGGUAUAGGAGUAUCGAGGUGGUAAUAAAAGGCGGUGAAAAAUAAAAGAGAACGCUUAAAAACAAAACAAUAACAACAUAAAAGAAACCAAGCCUAGCAAGUGAGUUUAUUACCAAAAAACACAAAAAAAAAAAAUAAUUAAAAUAAAAACAAAAUAAAGAUUUGCUGUCUAAGCUAACGCCAUCAGCUACAAAAUCGCUAUCACCAUCGCAGCCAAGCCAGCUUAUUUUGUUGCUGUACGCCGGAAAGUGUGUUAAUAAGCAACUCCUAAACUAGAACACUUUGCCCAAAAGGAAUACUUGGAUCGUUGCUGAUAAGCGAUUUGGAUUAAUUUGAUUCGCGUGUUUUUGGGAUUCAACAACAUAGCGCACAGCUCCAAAAUGUGGAGCCCACAAAAAGGUCCUACACGAUUGUGGGACCUUAGGCUUAGUCAUAUAUUUAUUUUACCUUUAAUGUUUAGUUUAGUCUUAGCUGGUAAUGAAUUGUGGCCCAUGGAACGGCCGGAGGGAAUGCCAAACAUAGUUUCUUUAGAAGUGAUGUGCGGUAAGGAUCACAUGGAUGUACAUUUGACAUUUUCACAUCCAUUCGAGGGUAUCGUCAGUUCAAAAGGGCAGCACAGUGAUCCGCGCUGUGUUUAUGUGCCGCCAUCGACGGGCAAAACAUUCUUCUCAUUUCGGAUAUCGUACUCACGUUGCGGCACGAAGCCUGACUUACAUGGCCAGUUCUAUGAGAAUACGGUGGUUGUGCAAUACGACAAAGAUUUGCUGGAAGUCUGGGAUGAGGCGAAACGUUUACGCUGCGAAUGGUUUAACGACUACGAAAAGACCGCAUCGAAACCGCCAAUGGUUAUUGCCGAUUUGGAUGUAAUACAGUUGGACUUCCGCGGUGAUAAUGUUGACUGCUGGAUGGAGAUACAGCAUGGCAAAGGCCCAUGGGCACCACCAGUUAGCGGUAUUGUGCCACUAGGCUCUACACUUACACUUGUGGUUGCUAUCAACGAUUAUCGCGGUGAAUUCGAUAUGCGCGUCAAGUCGUGCGUCGCUUCCGAUGGUUCUGGUCAUGUUAUCAAUCUCUCUGAUGAAUUCGGUUGCGUCUUGCGUCCCAAGAUGAUCUCACGCUUCCUGAAGGCGCGUGCUCCCGACGAGCGUGCCACUGUCAUAACGUAUGCCUUCUUCCAUGCCUUCAAAUUUCCCGAUGCGCUCAGCGUACACAUCAAAUGCAAAGUUGAAAUCUGCCGUCAUGGCUGUCUUGACCAUUGUCAGCUCACCGGCAGUGUUAACGAACGCAAAGAUGUACUGAUGAACGAUGCUUUGGGAAAUCAAAACGAACUAAGCCAGGAAAUGGGGCAUGGCAUACAUAGCGCACAGCAACCGGCGCUUGGCAGCAUACCAAUGGGCGGCGCAGGUGGCGGUGCUGGUAUGGGCGGUGAUGGUGCAGUCGAUCACGAUAUCUUCUACGAUGACAUAAUACACAAUCGCAAGCAACUCUCAUCGAUCAAUAGUGGUAUUGCCAACAUACUCGAUCAGUUUAAUAUGCAUGAAAAGAAUGCCAAUCUAUCACCGCGACCGGUGCAUGAAGAACCCGAAGACUCGGAUCUGGAUUCAUUAUUCGGCGAGGAGGAGUUGGCCGAUCUGGAUGAAGCGCAGUAUAUGGAAUUGAAGAAGAGUGGCAAAUUCCCACAUGGACCCCGUCAAUUUGAAGCGCAAAAACGCAUUGGUGUGCCCAUGGCCGGCCCACGAUCGCUGGAGCCCAAAACGAACGACGACACAGCGCACCCGAUUUACCGUCCCCAAGCUGAAGCACUGAAACGCACACGCGAAGAUCACAUUGAUCUCGAUGCAAGCGAAGAAUUGUUGAAACAAAAGUCCAAUCAAUCUGGUGGUGGUGAUGACAAAAAAACAGAGCGACGUCGACGACGAUCGAUUGUGAUUGCCGAUCGUAAGGUGCGCAGCGCAGAUGUCGGCGUUAGCGGUCUGUACGAUGUCAUCUCCGAAGCUGAUCUGGCUUUCUCGCCCGACUCCAAACAGGAAGCGGUCACCGUAUUUCAGGGUAAAAUAACCGAAGAGGUGGUCUAUGGUAUUUGUAUGCCGGUGCCUGGAUUCAGCAUACUUUUCAUUGUCGUUAUUUCGGCAACAAUUGUAUCCGCGCUGAUCGCCGGUUCACUGCUCUAUCGCUAUCAGCUGCAGAAGGAGGCGCUUGAGAAACACACACCAAUGCCGGCGCCAGGCACAUUCGCAUCCUGGAUGACUCUGCGACUCUUUCGCAUGCGGCAUAUGCAAGAACAACAGCAACGACAACAAAUUAGUGUGCCCGUAGCGACAGCGAGUGCGGUGGCGCACGAAACAGUGCAGUAGAGUGAGAGCGAGGGCAAGAGCGAGAGAAAGGGCAAGAGAGCGGGGGCGACAUAAAUGCAGUAGAGAAAAUUAAGUUGACUAAAUGAAUGACGCAUUUGAAGUUAAAUUUUAGUAAUGAAACUAUAUAUUUUGAAGAAAAAUUUGAAAGGGGCGUGUGCUGAUGACCCUAAAUGGUAUCAAUGUGUCAAUGACUGAAAGCACACACAAGCAAGAAAUUGUAGAGACACUCAAAGGGGAUUGCCUAUUUUGGGAUAUAUAUUUGUAUUUUUCCUAUUUUUUUUAAUUUUUAUUUUUAUUUUAUUUCUUUUUUUUUUUGCUUUUUGCCUUUUCCUACGUGGUUGAAGACGAAGUUAAUGUUGUUACAAAACAUUUUCGGGCAGCACUGCAAUAGCAAAUCACUGAACUACCACACAUACACACACAUAAACACACACACAUCAGUAAACGCAAUUAAACACAUUUCACGUUGGAUUUUGAGUAGCUCUUCUUCUAUUUGUGUACUUUCACUCAGCAGAAGACAAAGAACCUACUCGCACUGAGCUUUUUCCGCAAAAUACAUUUAAUUGCAUACUUCGGUGCUUUUAGGUGCAUUUAGUUACUAGUAAAAUUAUCUACAAAUAUCAUUUAAUAUAAAACUCAAUAUAACUCCUAGUUAUUUAUUUAUUUAUCUAUUAUUUCAUAGCUAAAGUAAUUUUCUUCUACAAAAUACAACUUUCUUAAAUGAAUUCUUACAAAAUUCAUUAGUAAUUGUAAGUUCAUUAUUCUGCAUAGUUGGCAAGUUAAGAAACUUGCAUGCAAUAUUUCUUUUGUUUUUCAUUAAAUUCAAAAUCUCAAUUUAGUUUAGCAUCUACAUACAUACAUAUAAUGAAGAGUGUGAAUUGAAAAGUCAAAAUUGAGUUUGUUUUAUUUAAUCGACACUAAUGAAAGUUCAACACAAACGAAA